ACUUGCCAGACAUUUCCAAGCAGAUUCUGUUCCCCAAGGCAGUCUAUCACAGCUGACUGGAUAACUGAAUACUGCAUUGAUGAACAGAAAUUCACUGAGAUGACAUAGGGAGGGGUGUCAAGGACAAUGGUGCAGAAAAAGAAAAUCUGUCCUCGGUUACUCGACUAUCUUGUGAUCAUUGGAGCCAGGCAGCCAAGUAGUGAUAGUGUUGCUCAGACUCCUGAACUGCUGCGACGUUACCCUCUAGAAGACCACGUGGACUUUCCUCUACCACCUGAUGUUGUAUUCUUCUGCCAGCCAGAAGGAUGCCUGAGCGUGAGGCAAAAACGUAUGAGCUUCCGUGAUGACACUUCCUUUGUCUUCACUCUCACAGACAAGGAUACAGGUGUCAUUCGCUAUGGAAUCUGUGUCAACUUCUACCGCUCCUUUCAGAAGCGAGUACCCAAGGAGAAGGGAGAAGGCACAGGGGGCCAUCGAGCUCGGGAGGGACAGAAAAUCCCCAAAUCUGCAGAUCCAUCUGCACCCCAAGAGGAAGUUGCCACCGAGAGUUCAGAGAGUGGUUCUUCACUGCAGGCUCCAAGUACAGAAUCUACCCCAGAUGUGAAUCGAUCACCGCACAGUAAGCGUCUGGCCAAAGGCAGCCAUCGCUCUCGGAACAGCACUCUGACUUCUCUGUGCAUCCUUAGUCAUUAUCCCUUCUUUUCCACCUUUCGUGAAUGUCUGUACACCCUCAAGAGGCUUGUGGACUGCUGUAGCGAAAGAUUGUUGGGCAAGAAAUUGGGGAUCCCUCGUGGGGUGCAGAGGGAUACAAUGUGGCGGAUUUUCACAGGCUCCCUCCUGGUGGAAGAAAAGUCUAGCGCGUUGCUACACGACUUGCGGGAGAUUGAGGCCUGGAUAUACCGGCUGCUCCGUUCACCAAUGCCUGUUGCUGGUCAGAAGCGGGUGGAUGUGGAAGUCUUGCCACAUGAGUUGCAGCCGGCUCUGACCUUUGCUCUUCCUGAUCCAUCCCGCUUCACAUUGGUGGAUUUUCCAUUACAUCUGCCUUUGGAGUUGCUGGGAGUGGAUGCCUGCCUGCAGGUGCUGACCUGCAUCCUUCUGGAACACAAGGUUGUAUUGCAGUCCCGAGAUUAUAAUGCGCUCUCAAUGUCUGUGAUGGCCUUUGUGGCUAUGAUCUACCCAUUAGAGUACAUGUUCCCAGUAAUUCCUCUGCUUCCCACUUGCAUGGCCUCUGCAGAACAGUUGCUUCUAGCCCCUACACCUUAUAUCAUUGGUGUUCCAGCAAGUUUCUUCCUUUACAAACUGGAUUUUAAAAUGCCUGAUGAUGUAUGGCUUAUUGACCUGGAUACCAAUAGGGUGAUUGUUCCCACAAAUGCAGAAUCUUUGCCAGCACUGCCAGAACCAGAAGCUUCAGAGCUGAAAAAGCAUCUGAAACAGGCACUGGCCAGCAUGAGUCUGAAUACUCAGCCCAUUCUUAAUCUAGAGAAGUUCCACGAGGGGCAGGAGGUGCCACUGCUACUGGGAAGACCACAGAAUGAUUUGCAGUCUACUCCCUCCACAGAAUUCAACCCUCUGAUCUAUGGCAACGAUGUGGACUCUGUGGAUGUGGCUACCAGGGUUGCUAUGGUGAGAUUCUUCAACUCUCCAAAUGUUUUGCAAGGUUUCCAGAUGCAUACUCGCACUCUCCGUCUCUUCCCACGACCAGUAGUGGCCUUCCAGGCAAAUUCUUUUCUUGCCUCUAGGCCAAAGCAAACACCUUUUGCUGAUAAGCUUUCCAGGACACAGGCAGUAGAAUACUUUGGAGAAUGGUCACUCAACCCUACUAACUAUGCUUUCCAAAGAAUUCAUAACAACAUGUUUGACCCAGCACUAAUUGGUGACAAACCGAAGUGGUACGCUCACCAGCUGCAGCCCAUCCACUAUCGUGUCUAUGACAGUAAUUCACAGCUGGCUGAAGCACUGAACGUCCCAGUAGAGAAAGAAACAGACUCUGAUCCCACUGAUGACAGUGGCAGUGACAGCGUCGACUAUGAUGACUCAAGUUCCUCCUAUUCCUCCCUCGGUGACUUUGUCAGUGAGAUGAUGAAAUGUGAUAUUAAUGGCGAUACCCCAAAUGUUGACCCCCUGACUCACGCAGCCCUUGGUGAUGCUAGUGAAGUGGAAUUUGAUGAUUUUCAAGAAUAUUCAGGGGAUCUGGAUGAACAGGCCAUGGACAGUGAAAACUCCCAAGAGAACAACCAGCCUCGUUCAAGUUCCAGUACUACAGCCAGUAGCAGCCCCAGCACUGUCAUCCAUGGAGUGAAUCAUGAGGCAGCAGAGUCAGCAGAAAUGGAAGAGAAGUUGGUUGCUGGAUUUUCAAACCAUCUCACUUCCCUGCCACUGCAACCAAGCUUUCCCAAAAUAAGCUUGGAUCGUCGUGAGAGCGACAGCGCAGCUGGCAGCAUGAGCUCUUCGGAAGGGGUGGUGAGGAAGCGAGAGUAUGACAAUCCGUACUUCGAACCACAGUAUGGUUUUCCUACGGAGGAUGAAGAUGAUGAGCAGGAAGAGAGCUACACCCCAAGAUUUAACCAGAAUCUCAAUGGAAGCAGGUCUCAGAAGCUACUCCGUCCAAACAGUUUAAAACUGGCCAACGAUUCUGAUGCAGAUUCAGAUUCCAGGGCCAGCUCCCCAAACUCUACUGUCUCCAACAACAGCAGCGAAGGUUUUGGGGGCAUCAUGUCUUUUGCAAGCAGCCUGUACAGAAACCACAGCACAAGUUUCAGUCUGUCCAACUUAGCCCUACCAACCAAAGUUGGGAGAGACAAGAACACUCCGUUUCCCAGCCUGAAAGGAAACAGAAGAGCCCUUGUGGAUCAAAAGUCUUCAGUCAUUAAGCACAGCCCAACAGUGAAGAGAGAAUCUCCAUCGCCUCAGGGACGAACUAGUAAUUCCAGUGAGAACCAGCAGUUCCUGAAGGAGGUGGUGCACAAUGUUCUAGACGGGCAAGGUGUUGGCUGGCUGAACAUGAAGAGAGUCCGACGUCUGCUGGAGAGUGAGCAGCUCCGUGUCUUUGUACUAAGCAAGCUGAAUCGUGCGAUCCAGUCAGAAGAAGAUGUUCGACAGGACGUCAUACAGGAUGUGGAGAUCAGCCGCAAGGUUUAUAAAGGCAUGCUGGACUUGCUGAAGUGCACUGUGUUGAGCCUGGAGCAGUCAUAUGCAAAUGCUGGCCUGGGAGGCAUGGCCAGUGUUUUUGGCCUGCUAGAGAUAGCACAUACUCACUAUUACAACAAAGAACCAGAAAAGAGAAAACGAAGUCCAACAGAUGGAUCUAUCACUCCAGUUGGCAAGGAUCCUGCAUCAUCCCCAAGAGUGGAGCCAAAACCUGCGAUGCAGCUGCCGGUACCUCAGCUGAUGCCAAAGGCACCGAGCCCUGCGGGCAAAGGGCCGAGGGAGUUUGACACAAGGAGUCUAAAGGAAGAAAAUUUUAUUGCUUCCAUUGGGCCAGAAGGUGUGAAACACUUUGAUUUGGGAGAAACAGAUGAGAAAAAAUCCCAAAUCAGCGCAGACAGUGGCCUCAGUUUGGCCUCAGGUUCUCAGAAGAGUGAUUUCGACUCUAUUCCCAGCGGAGGACCAGCAGUUAUGGUCCGAAGUACAAGCCAGGAUUCUGAAGUUAGCACAGUGGUUAGUAACAGUUCUGGAGAGACAUUAGGAGCAGACAGUGACUUGAGUAGCAAUGCUGGUGAUGGCCCGAGCGUGGAAAAUGGUGGCAAUUUGACAGGAUCCAGAGGAACUGUGUCAGACAGUGAAAUUGAGACAAACUCUGCUACUAGUGCUAUCUUUGCGAAGUCUCACAACCUGAAGCAGAGUGUGAAGGACAGUAAAGGCAGUACUCCAGGGAGAGCUCCAGAGGAUGGGAACCAACGUGUCUAUCUCUAUGAAGGACUUUUGGGUAGGGAUAAAGGAUCUGUCUGGGACCAGUUAGAGGAUGCUGCAAUGGAAACCUUCUCUAUGAGCAAAGAGCGUUCAACUUUGUGGGACCAGAUGCAGUUCUGGGAAGAUGCUUUUUUGGAUGCUGUGAUGUUAGAGAGAGAAGGAAUGGGGAUGGACCAGGGACCUCAGGAGAUGAUUGACAGGUAUCUUUCCCUGGGAGAGCAUGACCGAAAGCGUUUGGAGGAUGAUGAGGACCGUUUGUUGGCUACACUGCUGCAUAAUAUGAUUGCCUAUAUGCUUAUGAUAAAGGUGAACAAGAAUGAUAUUAGGAAAAAGGUGCGUCGUCUAAUGGGAAAAUCGCAUAUUGGACUGGUGCACAGCCAGCAAAUAAACGAUAUUCUCGACAAACUUGCCAAUCUGAAUGGACGGGAACUAGGCAGCAGCCACAUCAAGAAGCAGACUUUUGUAGUACAUGCUGGGACAGACACAACAGGAGACAUAUUUUUCAUGGAGGUAUGUGAUGAUUGCAUUGUGCUGAGAAGCAACAUUGGAACUGUGUAUGAACGUUGGUGGUAUGAGAAACUCAUCAACAUGACUUACUGUCCCAAAACAAAAGUGCUGUGCCUCUGGCGGAGGAAUGGUCAGGAGACACAACUGAACAAGUUCUACACAAAGAAGUGUCGGGAAUUAUACUACUGUGUAAAAGACAGUAUGGAGCGAGCAGCAGCAAGACAGCAAAGCAUUAAACCAGGCCCUGAGUUGGGUGGUGAGUUCCCUGUGCAGGAUAUGAAAACUGGUGAAGGAGGUCUUCUUCAGGUCACACUGGAAGGAAUUAACCUGAAAUUUAUGCACAGUCAGGUUUUCAUAGAGCUGAAUCACAUUAAAAAGUGCAAUACUGUGCGAGGAGUCUUUGUCCUGGAGGAAUUUGUUCCUGAAACUAAAGAAGUGGUGAGCCACAAGUACAAGACGCCAAUGGCUCAUGAGAUCUGCUACUCUGUGCUGUGUCUCUUCUCUUAUGUGGCUGCCGUUCGUGGAAAAGAGGCAGAAAACAAAAGUAAACCACCUCGACCAGUUUCCAGUUGAUCAUGAUAUUGGGAAAUACCUAUCCUUUGGCACGUUGGCGUGCAGUACUCCUAUUUUUACUGCAGUUACUGGAGCUCACUUUACUGUCUUCUAUGAGAACUUGAUUAUUCAUGUAUGACCCUGCAAAUCUUUCCCCAUAGAAAAACCUAAGACUUCACUGCUCAGUCUCCGUCUGAAUUCAUCCUUAAUGGAGUUUUUAUGAGAGCUGUUAAUCAGACAGUUUUGAGCAUCAGCAUCCAGCUGUGAGUGACCUACCCUGGCCAUUCCUUUGGAAUUCCUUUUUUUCUUAAGAUGCCUAACAGCUUGAGUUCGGUUGUUUUUUUGGUUUCUAGUGGUACUUGUUACAGAUUAAUCACUUUACAACUGCAGGCUUCUGCUUUCAGAUUCUCUGGUAUAUGCACAGUGGAAGCAGUCUGGUCCUGCAUGUCGUUGAAAUGUAGUGUUUUUAUUGUUUUCCUUCUGUGUUGUUCAUUUUUACCCACCAACACGGAGUUCUUGUCACAUAGUUCGUCAGACCCUUUUGGUAGAGAUGAACAAUUUAGCUACCAUAGUCUUAAAAUAUCAUGUGACAAAUUGAAGUUUGGCUAUUAAAUUGGUCCAUCUGUGGAGAUGACUGCUUCUCAAGGGGGAAAAGAAGUGGAGAGAGAAACCUUGAAGGCAGUAUAUUCUGAAAAACCCUGACACCUCAUGGAUUGUGUGGAUUUUCAAAUGGGAGUUUGGGUAAUGUUUGUAGAUAACGCUGCAGCAGAGUUAACAGAUGCAUAUAAGCACAACCUAAAGCAGUUAAUCACAGGGAUUAGAAAAUUAAUAAGGAAAUUUAAAACUUGGAAACAUUAUUGGCAGGAGCGCAUGGAAGACAGGUGUCUUUGGGCGUUUGUAACUACGUGCAAGAUAUUUCUAUAGCUAUCUGUAGAAUGUGUUCAGAAGCCCAAAGGAUUAUGCUGUCUCCAAAUUUUUUAAGCUAUUGCUUUUUUCCAAUCUGUACCUGUAUAUCAAGGAAUCUUGCAAAUACUGUGUUAAUGUAUAAUGCAACUCCCGCAGUUAAAAUUAUCCAUCACAUUCCUUAUUUUAAGUAGGCCGAAUAUGAAUGUUUUUUGCAUCCCGUUUUUGUUCUUCAACUGUACUGCACUUGUCUGGAAGGCUCUUAGGAUGCUGGGAGGAGAGACUGUCUAGAGAAAAUAAUGUUACAUGUAAAAUACCUGGAAAAACUGCUCUGAUGCAAACUGAUAUAUUGUAUGUUUUGACAUUGAAUUCUGAGUAAAUGCACCUAGAAAUAACCCUGUUUUGGCUUGGUCAGGGUGUCUACUGUUUUGAAUGGAAUACACUAGUAAUGGGUGAGGAAAUGAUGUAAAUAUUAUAGUACCACAUCUAUUUA